AUGAUUGGUUCACACGAAUCAUCCAGUAUAAGGGAAAUUACUGGCAGAUGGCAACAAAUCAAACCCUCCGGCGAUAAAAUACCAUGCCUUCAGGAACACACAGCAGUGUCGUACAAGGAAUGUAUUUAUGUUUUUGGUGGAGAAGUAGGAUUUUCAGCUGGAACUGAAACCCCUUUGUGGAUAUACGAUAUAAAAGCCAAUAUAUGGAAGAAGAAACGCACAAAGAAAGGUGUUGCUACUCCUAAGGGAAGAAGGGGUCAUACUGCCCUAGUCCAUAAUGGGUCUAUGCUGAUAUAUGGGGGAUACCAGGAUUUGAGAGGAUCUUGUAGUGAAUUAUGGGCCUAUCAUUUUGACACAGGAUCAUGGCACUUAGUAUCGACCUCACCAAGCAAAGGAUCAGACCAAUCUCCUCCACCUCGCCACAAACAUUCGGCUGUCCUCCAAGAAGAAUCGAUGUGGAUAUACGGCGGCAUGACUGACCUUCAAGAGAGGUCGGAUCUCUGGAAAUGGGACAUUUCAUCGAGAACUUGGCAUUGUGUCAAGAGCAAAAUCAAUCCUGGACCACUACAUAGUCACGCGGCUUGCAAGUUGCCAUCUUCUUGCAUGCUGGUAUUUGGGGGUGAGCGGAGUGGUCAAACUUGCAAUGAUUUGUGGAAGUUCAGGUUUGCAUUAGAAACUUGGGAGAAAAUAUCAAUAACUGGCUUAAAACCCCAACCUCGCUCUGAGAGUAUAGCAAUAACUGUCUCAGAACUCCUUCUGAAUGGAUCUUCCGUCACAUCUUUUGAUUCCAAGGCGACGAGAAUACGCACACGUACCUGUUCUUCAGCUGACAGAGACACAGGAUCAUGGCACUUAGUAUCGACCUCACCAAGCAAAGGAUCAGACCAAUCUCCUCCACCUCGCCACAAACAUUCGGCUGUCCUCCAAGAAGAAUCGAUGUGGAUAUACGGCGGCAUGACUGACCUUCAAGAGAGGUCGGAUCUCUGGAAAUGGGACAUUUCAUCGAGAACUUGGCAUUGUGUCAAGAGCAAAAUCAAUCCUGGACCACUACAUAGUCACGCGGCUUGCAAGUUGCCAUCUUCUUGCAUGCUGGUAUUUGGGGGUGAGCGGAGUGGUCAAACUUGCAAUGAUUUGUGGAAGUUCAGAUUUGGUACGAUGAUAAAAUCCAAGUCAGCCUACGUCAUAAAGAAGAAAUAUCAAAUAGACGUCUCUCCUACUUUGGACGGAGAUCUCAAGGAACCCACAACUAGGAAACGGGUAGAAUUCGAUUUUUCUUCUAUGAAAAUGCCGCGUGAACCAGUAUCUGUGCCAAAUUUCACAAUUCUGUCCCUGCCAACACCAGUAUUGACGCCUGCGGAAGCUACGAAAUUGGUAUAUUUAGACAGUGAAGAAGAAAAUGAUCUUCUCGAUAAGCAUACGAAAGCGAAAGAAAAACUUAGUACAGUUCAAGCUAACAAUGAGAAAAACCUUUAUGAAACAUUUCAACCUAUCAAGAAAGGGGACAGCUACAGUUCCCAUAUAGGCUACGCAGAUAACCCCCUAUACCAACAGCUGAUAAAUUCCCUGCCAGAAAAGUCACAGGAAAACGUUUCGUCUACUUCAGACUACUGCAGUAUCGAAACAGUCAACAGACUUUCCUCUGCGAGCAGUUACAGCGUAAAAACUGGAACCCCACAAGACGAAAAUCAGAGAAUUAACAGAGAUAAAAAUGGGCCAUUUGGUUUCUGCAAUCCCAAUUAUAUGGGACCGGAUAUAAAAUCGAUACUGAACGACAAAAUAGAUAAGAAAAACGUUGUUAAACUUCUAACUCCAGAAACGGUCAAAUCGGAUGAGGAAGAUACGUUAGAACUCCAGGAUUACGACGGCACCUUAGGAAGGAACACUAGAGUGUGCUUCAAACAUGCAAGUAGAGUGAAUCGACCUCCUAAGUCCUUAGACGUAGGUCAGAACCAGCUACAGAGCCGUUCUCACGUGGAAAAAACUAGAGCCCUUAGCGCCGGUAGGGUGGAAAACAGAAUGGACAGCAUUCCACCUAUUCGGCCGAUGAGUGGACCGGUAGAGUCUUCUGUACCCAUUUAUGUUUAUAUUAUCGGCGGUAAGGAACAAGGGCACGUAGCACCAUGCGAAAAAACUUACGUUUUUCAACCUACCCAAACUAACUAUGAUGAUGGAAGUGACUUGGCUCAACAAUAUGCCGAUACCAAUAGGUCUUCCAGAAGUUUUCUUCAAGAAAUUCAAAAAUUAUCUCAGCUCAACAUUCCAAGGAUGAGCAAUAAAUGUAGUUACACCGUUUUGACUGGAUGUGCAGGCGACAGCACUGAGAGCUUAUUGAAACAACAUGCCAGUCCACAGGGAGAUGUUGAGAUCAUCGAUAGCGAGAUAGCCACGCCAUCCAGAGCUGAACUUGGAACUGAAGUCAAAGAACUAUCAAUCGAGGCGAUAAUUUCUGGCGCAGAAGCAGCUGUUGAUCACCUGUCGAAAAUAGAAGCUGAAGAACUACGAUGA